CGCGGCGGCCUAAACUCGUCGCAGACUGCGCUAUUUGCUAGCACGAUUUUCUAGGGUCGCAUUGAUUGCCUGGCAACUCGCUGUCAAAAGCUCGCCGCGCGACAUCACGCGUAACCUCCUCAAAACAAAAGCCAGUGGACAAGGCUGCGGCUAAAACGCGCGCGACAUGGCUGCGCUCGACGAAAGCAUGGGCUUCGGCUUCGGCGCCAUAGGAGGCGGACAGGAGCAGUCCAUCAACCUGGGCGCCAUCGACUGGAGCCCGCCGCCGAAGCGCUCCCACAGUGCAAGGCAGAUGCCGCCGCCGCGCGCACGCCAAAUGCCGCCGUCCAUCGUGGUAGAUAUAUCACCGGCCGACGCGCGGGCCGCCGAAUUAGUGAGACAGGCGAACUGCGCCGUCGCGACGAAGAUAAAAAUAAAACCGGGGACGACCAAGCCAUUGGCCGCGGUCUACGGCAAGCUUAGAAAAAGAUGGCGCCACGUCGACGGUGUUUUAGUUCUGGGCGCCGGGCCUACUCAACAUUCCCUGAAAUACGCGUUCGUGUCGCCGGAGCACUCGUGCGCGCCGACGGAGAUUAUCGCGCCCUCUCCAGUCAGUUCGUUGGGAUCGCAAUCCGCAAGAAAAGCCACGCCGCGGCGGUCGCCGCGGCCGCGCAAGGUGACGGCGUCCGGGCCUCAACGACCUUCAGAUUCGUCGGACGAUGAGGACGACGACGAGGAGGUGCGGCGGCUGGAAGCUGCUCUAGCAGCUGCCAAAGCAAAGAAAAAACGGCGGCGCGACGGCGGCAGCCGGUCGUCGUCGUCCCUAGAAAUGCCGAGGCGGUCGCCGCGCAAGCACGCCGGGAGUACGGUACCGGCGCCGGCGCCGGCGCCGCGCCUCGCGAUGCUCGCGGCCGCGUCGCCGCCGCCGCGCCGCUCGCCGCGGCGCCAGGCCGCCGUCGAGGCCGCUUUACUGGGAUCCGACUCGUCUGAUGGAGAGGAGGAGGUUGUCGAGAGCGGCGCCGUCGCGUCGCCGCCCGCGCGGAAGCGCCAGAAAAAUGCGGAGAACGUGUCGCCGGCGUCGCGCGAGGAGGCGGACUUAUUGCGCGCGGCUCUGGAAUCGCCGGCCGGCGGCGCGCUCUUCGCCUGGAACGGCGGCGGGCCGCAGUCGUUCCAGACGCCGCCGUCGAAGGACUCGUCCUUCCGCGACGACGACGAGGAGGCGAGCGUGCCGCACCGCCAUCGGCCCGGGGCGCCUUCGCCGCGGCGAUUGGCGAUGUGA